AUGCGUUCUCUAAAAUUGGAAGAAAUUGAGGAAAGAUAUAAAGAUUUGUGGCCAGGUGGGCAUUGGAGACCUAAAGAAUGUAAAUCCAGGCAGAAAGUUGCUAUUGUUGUGCCUUAUAGAAAUAGAGAACCUCAUUUACGAACAUUUCUUCAUAAUAUUCAUCGGUUUUUACAAAAACAACAAUUAGAUUAUGCAAUAUUUGUUGUUGAACAAAUGGGUAAUUUUGCCUUUAAUAAAGGAAGACUAACAAAUAUUGGUGUUUUGGAAGCAAUAAGAGUUUAUCCAUUUGACUGUAUCAUAUUUCACGAUGUUGAUACGUAUCCAGAGAAUGACAAAAUUUUAUAUAGAUGCUCAACAGAUCCGAAACAUACUAAACAUUUAAGUGUUUAUCUUGAAAGGAUUGGUUACAAAGAAUACUACCCCGGAUUUAUUGGGGGCGUCCUGGCUCUAACAGUAGAGCAACUCAGAAAAGUUAAUGGAUAUUCAAAUGAUUUUUGGGGGUGGGGUGGAGAAGAUGAUGAUUUAAAUACGAGUUGUCGGUUCAAAUUGAUAAAAAUGACAAGGGAAAAGUAUUUAACAGAUGGUUUCAGCAAUCUGAAUUAUAGGGUUGAAUUUAUUAAUUUUGGAAAAUUGUAUACACAUAUAAUGGUAAGUUUUGAAAAAAAACUUUAUGAGAAAGCAUUUUAAAUUCCUUCAUAAAAAUUUAAUAUUUUGGUUAACUAUUAUUAUUGUCUAAAGAGGGGCUCUCGAGGAAAUUCUUCUUGGGUCGUUUUAUCUGUUAGGGCUAGUGUAGCAACCCGACUCUUCAGAGGCGGGUGUGUUGGGUCGGGGAGAGCCUUUGGGGUCGGAGUUUUCGGGGUCGGCUUGCUAUCCUUGUUAGGGUCAUGAAAAAAUUGGCUAAUUUUUAUUUUGUCACGUUUUAUGCGUUGUCACGUUUUAUGCGUAUA